AUGCCGCUCUACUCGGACGCCCCCGAUGUGCGCCAGUUCUACGAGGAUAAGCCGACGCUGCUUGUAUCAUGGUGGAUCACGGUCUUUUGUGUGGCGAUCAUCCUGACGCGAAUGUCGGGUCGAUACGUACGAGUCGAGAAGUUGCUCAAGGAGGAUAAGAUCGCUGCCGGUGCGCUUAUACCGUUGGUUCUAAGGGCUGUUUGUGUUCAUUUUGUUCUCAAGAAUGGAACGAAUAAUGUCAACUUGGAUGGGUUGAAGUUGAGUGAUGGGGAUAUUGAUAAGAGGAUUGUGGGGAGUAAGAUGGUGCUUGCGAGUCGAGUCUUCUACGCUUCCAUUCUUUGGAUUCUUAAACUCACUACCCUCGAGUUCUUUGAACGUCUUGCUGGCGCUACUCGACGAAGAUCUCAUCGUAUAAUGAUCCACGCCAUGCGCGCAACCCUCGCAGCUACAUUCCUCGCCGUCGUUAUAAGCGACCUCGCAGAAUGUCAACCCUUCCCUCACUACUGGCAGGUCACUCCCGACCCUGGCCCUCAAUGCCGUCAGGGCUUCGUGCAGAUGCUCACAAUGGGAGCUUGCAACGCCUUCACCGACCUUGUCCUCAUCGCCUUUCCCAUUCCCAUCAUCCUCUCCACCCAAAUCGCCACCAAGCGCAAGGUCCUUCUCAUCAUGCUCUUCAGCUUCGGCUUGCUCACCGUCGGUAUCACGCUAUAUCGCAUCCCCCGCAUUAUCGAAUCACACGGUAGUCAAGUCGUCCGCACAAUGUGGGCAUCAAUCGAGAUCCUCGCCGCCACAGCAGUCGGCAACAUCGUCGCGCUAGGCUCGUUCCUCCGCGACAGCGGUGUCAAGCGCAAGAAGUUCAAGGAGUCAAACAGCUACUCCGGUUAUUCCAACUCGCGCUCCCAAUCGCAACCUACGAAACUUACCCGCACGGCACAUAGUCAGUGGGAGGAUGAGGAUCAUGUUCGUACGACGGAGGGGAUCUGGGCAAAGUCGCAUGACACAAGCGACUCGAUCUCUAAAGAUGAGGAUUUGCGAAAGUCGGGCGAAAGACCUGUUAGUCCAACGCAGAGUCACGAUUCGCUUAUUACACGGGACGAAUUGUCCGGGAAGAUGGAUCGUGAUGACUUUGUGUAUCAGCAGCCGCCGACGGCUGUUAUCGCGGGAGGAUCUAGACAGGUUCAGCGGGCGCAGCCGACGAGGGAUAAUUGA